UCAAAAUCCCAUUUUCAAAAAAUGGCAUUUUCAUCAUCAUCUUCACUAUUACUACUCCUAUCAAUCCUCACCAUAAUCAAUUUAUCAAAUUGUAAAGAAAUAUUAAUAGGAGGUAAACCAGACGCUUGGAUUGAACCCACAUCCUCAGACCAAUCCAAUUUCCUCAACAUAUGGGCUCAAAAAUCUCGUUUCCAAAUCGGAGAUUCCAUUUUAUGGAACUAUGAUGGAGAUAAAGACUCUGUUUUGGAAGUAAACAAGAGAGAUUACAUUACCUGCAAUACUUCGAACCCAAUUGAAGUUCAUAAAGAUGGAGAUACAAAAGUGAAGCUUGAAAGAUCGGGUCCAUUUUACUUUAUAAGUGGUGCUCAAGGUCAUUGUGAAAAAGGGCAGAAAGUUAUUAUUGUUGUUAUGUCUAGGAAACAUCAUUUGGUGUUUGCUCCGGCGCCGGCGCCGGUGGAUGGUCCGGCGGUUGCUCCGACCAGUGGAGGGUCUAGAAAUUGUUAUAUUCUAGUGGUGGCAUUUUUAGGAUUUGUUUUGACAUUGUUUUGAUUGUGUUUUUUAAUUUUUGAAUUUUGAUGGAUGUAGUGAUUGGUUUAUUAUUUUGAAAGCAAAUAUAUAUUUUUAUUUUGAAU